AUGGGGUUUGUGGAUCUGUUAUCUGCUGCUUCUAUGCCUGUGCUCAAAGUACUCAUAGUUACUGCACUUGGUUCAUUUCUUGCCUUGGACUCUAUUGAUAUUUUAGGACCAAGUACAAGAAAGCAAGUCAAUAAUCUUGUGUAUUUUGUGUUCAAUCCAGCACUUGUAGGUAGCAACCUUUCUAGUACAAUCACAUAUGAAAGUAUCAUCUCGUUAUGGUUUAUGCCUGUUAAUAUUCUUAUAACAUUCAUAAUUGGCUCUGCACUUGGAUGGGUUCUUAUGAUGAUAGUGAAACCACCUCGACAUCUAAAGGGUCUUGUCCUUGGUACAUGCUCAGCAGGAAACUUGGGAAAUAUGCUUUUGAUAAUCUUACCAGCUGUAUGCAAAGAGAAAGGUAGUCCCUUUGGAGAUCCUAAUGUUUGCUAUGAAUACGGCAUGGCUUAUGCUUCAGUAUCUUUGGCGAUUGGAGCUGUGUUUUUGUGGUUAUAUGUGUACAACCUAGUAAGGGUUUUCACUCAAAAUUACGAUGAUAAGUGUGUCGAAUAUAUCAACCAAACAGACAUCCUGCAAAACGAUUUGGCCCAGAGUUUGAUUCCUUCCUCUGCAUCUCCGUCGACUGAUCUCAAGGAAAAUGUAAAAGUGAUGGUACAUGUGAUAAAGCAACAUCUGGAGAAGUUCUCAAGACAGAUCAACUUAAAGGCAGUGUUCGCGCCAAGUACUAUAGGAGCGAUUGUGGGUUUCAUCAUUGGAACAGUUGCACCAAUCCGAAUGCUACUAAUAGGCACCGAGGCUCCUCUACGAGUAAUCCAAGAUUCUGCAUCCUUAGUUGGGGAUGCAGCAAUUCCAACUGUAACAUUAAUUGUGGGCGCAAACCUAUUAAGAGGUCUGAAUGGGUCUAGUAUUUCUUUACCACUUGUAUUCGGGAUUAUAGUAGUUCGGUAUGUUUUCUUGCCAAUUUUUGGGAUUUUAAUAGUAAAAGGAGCAGUUUACCUGGGCUUAGUACAUGCAGAUCCUCUAUAUGUUUUUGUUCUUCUGCUACAGUUUGCGGUUCCACCAGCAAUGAACACUGGUACCAUAAUGCAGUUAUUUGGUGUUGGUGAGAGUGAAUGUUCUGUGAUCAUGUUAUGGACUUAUGGCUUGGCAUCAAUAUCGCUUACCCUAUGGUCGACCUUCUUCUUGUGGCUUGUUGCCUGA